AGGGGCGCGCGCAGUGCGCGGCAGACGGCCGGCGGCGUCGGCGGCGGAGUGCGGGUCGCGUGGCAGAGCGUGGUUGCCAGGGACACCUGAGGUCGCCCGCUCGCCCAGCAGGCGCAGCGAGGAAGCAGCGCGGAGCCGGCGCCAAGCCGUGGUGAAGGAGGAGGGUACCCUAGGCUGACGGAUUCAAGGAUGCAGCUGGUGCUAGAGGUGUGUGGCACCUUACCUGAGCCAGACCAUGAGGCCAUGUCACCAUGAGGUGGGCCCCUCAUGGCCUCAGCAGGAACAGAGCACUACAAUAUUGGCCUGCGCCGAGGAAACAGCUUCAAGCAGAGACAUCCCUCAGGCACAGUGUCUGCUUCACCACCUGAGAAACCCUCGGAGGUCAAAGUCUGGUCUCAGGCCCAUCAGCAGGUGAAGCCAAUCUGGAAACUGGAAAGGAAGCACGUAGGCACACUGUCAGCCGGGCUGGGCACCAGUCUCUUGGGAGUCCCGCCCCAGCCAGCCUAUUUCUUUUGCCCCAGCACUCUAUGUAGCUCUGGGACGACAGCUGUCAUUGCAGGCCACAGCAAUCCCUGUUACCUGCAAUCUCUCCCUGACUUGUUCAGCAAUACUCUGCUGUACCGCCGCACCAACGUGAGACAAAAACCAUACCAGCAACUGGAAUCUUUCUGCUUGCGUUCCAGCCCAUCAGAGAAAAGACCUUUUUCUCUUCCUCAGAAGGGUCUCCCUGUCAGUGUCACUGCCAAUAAAGUCACAUCUUCUACAGUCUUCCCCAUGGCUCAGCCCAUGGCGUCUUCACCCACUGAUCCAUACCUCUCACUGGCAGCAGCUGGGGAAAAUCCUUCAAGGAAGAGUCUGUCCUCUGCCAUCUCAGGGAAGAUUGCAUCUCCACUGUCCUCCUACAAGCCCAUGCUGAACAACAACUCCUUCAUGAGGCCAAAUAGCACUAAAGUGCCCUUAUCACAAGCCACAGAUGGCCUGAAGCCAGUAUCCUCACCCAAGAUCCAGCCUGUCUCCUGGCAUCAUUCAGGGGGUACUGGAGACUGUGUAUCCCAGCCUGGUGACCAUAAGGUACCCCAAAGCAUUGGCGCUGUCUUAGAUGAUGCCACUGCCCCUAACACCUCAUCUACCCCUAGCACCUUCAAUAUAUCCACAGCCAGUGUUACCUCUUCCCAGUGCAGUCAGAGUAACUUUAGGAUGGAGGCGUAUCCCUGUGGCCUGGAUGAAAACUCGGAUUCCCAGAGCGCUACUAAAGAGGUACACUUCACUGAGGCUGUGAGGAAGUUGACUGCAAAAGGCUUUGAGAAGAUGCCACGGCAAGGCUACCAGUUUGAGCAGGCUUGUUUUGUGAAUCCCAGCUUCCAGUGGGGUCUUCUCAACAGAAGCAGGCGGUGGAAACCUCUGAUGGGCCAGCGGUUUCCUCAGGAGGAUAUUGGAUUAGACAGUGGGAUCCUUCCUGGUGCCUCAGACACUUUGGGGUUGGACAGUACAGUCUUUUGUACCAAAAGGAUCAGCAUUCACCUCCUUGCCUCACAUGUCCAUGGGCUCAACCCCAGCCCUACCUGUGGGUCUAUAGUUGACCCCCAAUUACUUGGAGAAGACAGAGCUCCUGUUCCCCCUUCUUCCCUCCAGCCUCUUGGUGUAGCUGAAGUGGCCACCCGCCUUUCUUCUGUCCAUCUUGGCCAGCCUGGGAAGGAGCCUGAGGAAGCCAAGGAGCUGAGCUCAAGUGCUAGGGGUAGUUGUUCAGCUACUGACCUCCAGCCAAACCAGGUGGAGCCUGAAGAUACAGAAGAUGAACUAGGAGAUGGUUUGGAAGAUUGCUGCAGCCAUGAUGAAAAUGACGAAGAGGAAGGAGACUCAGAGUGCUCUUCCUUAAGUGUUAUCUCCCCCAGCGAGUCGGUGGCAAUAAUAUCUCGGAACUGUGUGGAUUUAAUGUCCAAAUCCCUUCCCAGUCAUGAGAAAGUUGUACGACCAGCCCUCAUCUACAGUCUCUUCCCCAAUGUGUCCCCUACCAUUUAUUUUGGAACUCGGGAUGAAAGAGUGGAGAAACUUCCCUGGGAACAGAGGAAGCUUCUGCGGUGGAAGAUGAGCACAGUGACCCCCAACAUAGUCAAGCAGACCAUUGGACGGUCGCACUUCAAAAUCAGCAAGCGGAAUGAUGACUGGCUGGGCUGCUGGGGUCACCACAUGAAGUCUCCUGGUUUCCGAUCCAUUCGAGAGCAUCAGAAGCUAAACCACUUCCCAGGCUCCUUCCAGAUUGGGAGGAAGGACCGGCUGUGGCGGAACCUGUCUCGCAUGCAGAGCCGUUUUGGAAAGAAAGAGUUCAGUUUCUUCCCCCAGUCCUUCAUCCUGCCCCAGGAUGCCAAGCUCCUGCGCAAAGCCUGGGAGAGCAGCAGCCGCCAGAAGUGGAUUGUGAAGCCACCAGCAUCUGCUCGAGGCAUUGGCAUUCAGGUCAUUCACAAAUGGAGUCAGCUCCCCAAGCGCAGGCCCCUCCUGGUACAGAGGUAUCUACACAAACCCUACCUCAUUAGUGGCAGCAAAUUUGAUCUUCGGAUCUACGUUUACGUUACUUCUUAUGAUCCCCUACGGAUUUACCUCUUUUCGGAUGGACUCGUCCGCUUUGCUAGUUGCAAGUAUUCGCCUUCCAUGAAGAGUCUUAGCAACAAGUUCAUGCACCUGACCAACUACAGUGUCAAUAAAAAGAAUGCCGAGUACCAGGCCAACGCUGAUGAGACGGCCUGCCAGGGCCACAAAUGGGCACUGAAGGCUUUGUGGAAUUACCUGAGCCAGAAGGGAAUUAAUAGUGAUAUCAUCUGGGAGAAGAUAAAGGAUGUUGUCGUCAAAACCAUCAUCUCGUCAGAGCCCUACGUGACCAACUUACUGAAGUUGUAUGUGCGACGCCCCUACAGCUGUCAUGAACUCUUUGGUUUUGACAUCAUGCUGGAUGAGAACCUAAAGCCCUGGGUCCUAGAAGUCAACAUUUCCCCAAGCCUCCACUCCAAUUCUCCCCUGGACAUCAGCAUCAAAGGCCAGAUGAUCCGAGAUCUCCUGAACCUGGCAGGCUUCGUUCUGCCCACCAUGGAGGACAUCCUCUCCAGUUCCAGCAGCCCCAGCAGCUCCAGCGGCUCCAGCACCAGCCUGCCAAGCUCUCCUGGGGACAAAUGUCAGAUGUCUCCAGAGCAUUUUACUGCACAGAAGAUGAAGAAAGCCUAUUACCUGACCCCGAAAAUUCCUGACCAGGACUUCUAUGCAUCAGUGCUGGAUGUCUUGACACCAGAUGAUGUUCGGGUUCUGGUCGAGAUGGAAGAUGAGUUUUCUCGUCGUGGUCAAUUUGAAAGAAUUUUUCCUUCUCGAAUCUCUUCUCGUUAUCUUCGUUUUUUUGAGCAGCCACGAUAUUUCAACAUUCUCACCACCCAGUGGGAACAGAAGUACCAUGGAAACAAGCUCAAAGGAGUAGAUCUGCUCCGGAAUUGGUGCUACAAAGGCUUCCAUACGGGGAUCGUCUCCGACUCAGCUCCGCUGUGGUCUCUGCCAACAUCACUCAUGAGUAGCCCAAAGAGUGAUGGGACACCCAGUGCCAUCAGCAAAUCUGAACGCAUCAAGUCAAGAAAGCAAAGCUGCUCCGAGGGAAGCGCGUUGUCCUGUGAAGAUGGGACACCAGCCAAGCCCAAGAAGAGUCAAGCGGGCCUUUCCCCCGUGUCCAGGAAGACUUCAUCCUCCAAGAACAAGGAGGACACCAGCAAAGAGGCCAACCACUCUACCCAGGUGUUACCUGUCCUCAAGUACUCUGGGCAGAAUUCCAGAUUUUCUGCUUCCUCUGCUUCCCACUCAGCCGGUGACUCCCUCCUGACUGCUGUGAGCCCAUGACUGGUCUCCUGCGUGGGAGCACUCAGCUACCUCAAGGGAACCGACCUGCUGACCAGCCUGAGCCUCCACCGCCCUCCACUUUGCCCCUCAUCAGAGUAUUUUUUGAAGUGGUUCUAUUGUAGAUAUGGGCAUCUGGAGGGCUGGAGGGGUGGGGGUGACGGGAGAAGGUGAGGAAGGUUCACCCUCUGUCACCUCACUGCCUGGCUGGCGCCUCAUAUCUCAGUAGAGAAGCCAGUGACGGCCGAGCAGCCUUAUAAAGCAGGGUUUGGUUUCUACUCUGAGAGCCAUGUGUGAUUUCUUUGAGGCCCUGAUGCAGGGCUCAAGUUGUUGCUCAAGAGGAGAAAGCGUGCUAAAGACACACAGAAGUCUCUUGUUCUGUAACUGAGAGGGUUCCUUGAAAGGCCUGAUUUCCUUAGGUCUUUUGUCCCUACACAUCCUUGUUUUGAAGAGCCAUUUCUAGAAAGAAACCUUCAGUCUUCUUCAAAGACAAACGGGAAACCAUGGCAGGCCGCACCCAUUUCCUGGCAUCCUGGUCUUGGGGUGACGUCCCUAACAUAUCUCCAUUUAAGGUUCCACCCGGUCAGUAGCCCUGCGUCUUCUGUGACUCUCGGGCCCCCAGAUAAUUUUGGUCGGGUUAUGUAGAGGAGGGUGGAACAGGCUGUGUUUCUCCUCGACACAGUCUUGUAGUCUGUUUUGAUUUGAGAAGGAUUUGGUGCCUCGGCAGAGGGGUUUUAGGGCAAUCAUUCUUGCAGGACAGGCUUCUCAUCCCUGACAGUUAGUACUCAGCUAUAUCUACCUCCCUCUGGACUGGUAAACACUGAGCACUGAAUAAACACUGGCUGACCGAACUGUGUGUACAGCUCUCUGAGGACGCUGGCUCUGAACCAGAAGCACUGCUGUUGUCCCCGGUGUGGGGAAGUAGAGCCCAAGGAAGCCUGAGGUGGGAGAGCGUUACUAGAACUAUGGUCGUCCGUAGCCUGGCACCCCCUCCUCCCCGGGACCUGCAGUCUCCGGGUUCUCUAGCAGUGGGGCAUAGAAGAAGCCAAUUGGCCCUAUGUCUGAUAAACAAGAUUUGCCCUGUGCAUACCAGGUUGGAAGCCCAGCAACUCAGUCUCAGCCUGGUCUUGUCCACAUUCUUCUGAGCUUUGGAAAGAGGGAGACUUCUUUUCUCCUGGAGUCCUGUGGCCAAUUGGCAUGGAGCCUGGAAAGAUAAGAGAAACCUGACUCUGUUCAAGGUCACAGAGUAGGUAGACAUGACGGUCAGUCCUAAGGCUUUGUUGACAGUUGUGAAGAAAGCUGGAUAGCAAAGUCCUAGUCGGUACUUCCUGUUCAACGAUAAAGACUUCAAAGUCAGUCCACAGUAGGAGGGAGAGUCCAUGGCCGUCCUAGAAAAUCUGAUCUCAACAGCCAACACCCUCCUUUCCUAGCUACCGUAUUCUAGUGCACAUGUGACAAAGGGCCAUAGUCUGCCCAGGGGAAAACAGGCCUCUUUCUGCUCAGCAGCAUUAUCCCAAUCCAUGUCUCUGGGGCAGAGGCCCGUUUGAGUCAGUUCACUCCUUCACGUGGACUUGAUUCCUUGACCUGCCCUCCGAGGCUCCCCAUCACACAGUCAGUCUCCAGCCAUGCAACUGCAGAGAAGAUGAGCACUGCAGCAGACUGGGGGCCCCCAGAGGGGAGGGACUGGGGGCCCCAGAUGAGACAGCAGUGCACUGGCAGUUUCUGCUCUGUGUCUGUGUGACCCAGGCUGCAUGCUGUAUUCCGUCUUCAUUACAGUUGAAGGCCGAUGGGUCUUCUCUAGUGGGAGAAAAAGCGGGGUUUAAUGUUUUGCCUUACCUCUCAUCUCAAGAGUGUGAAAUGUUGAUAAAUUAUUUCACUGCAAAUUUCAGCACUGGUGAGUCAACAAUAGUUACCAUUCAGUUGAAAGUGAUUUUUAAACAGUAAUAGUUUUUGAAAGUUUUAAAUUUGGAAGUGUAGUUGAACACAUACUUAUCAGAACGCUUCAGUUGUUUUCCCAAGGUUAUAGCUUAGCCGGCCUCUGGAAGAACAGAAGCAAAUGCCGGGGACAGGGAAUGAAAUAGAGUCUUUUUCAUCACAGUAUGCAUGUGAGGCCUACCCUGCAGGCUUGUGAAAUUUAAGCCAAAUGAAGGGACCAGGGGAUGGUUCUGUGCAAGAAAUGUAAAAAUCUUCCUUUGAAACAGCGUGGUGGCUCAUGCCUUUAAUCCCAGCACUUAGGAAGCAGAGGCGGGCCAAUAAAGCUGUUCCUUGAAGAAAGGGGAACAGCUGCAGAGAUGUCCCAGGAAAGGCCAGAACAGUGCUAGACACCUCACUACCCUUCGCCUAGUGUUCACCAAAGCAUAAUUUUCAUUAUUCCUUUGAAUGUUAUCAUUCCUGUGGGAGUCUCUUGUCUGGGUUCAUCUUUAUAGCAUGCCAGUAUCCCAGGGAGGGGAACAUUAAGCGUUAUGAAUAUGUAUGUGAAUUGAUAAUUUAGUUACCCCAAGAACCUUGAUUGGCAAAGAAUAACAAGACUAAAUGAGUACCUGGUGUCUGAGAGAAGCAGCAGUGGAAGACAGAUCCUGAGGCAGGUGGGAGCCGGAGGACCAGCAGUUGUACCAGGGGGAUGGUGUCACUUUGGGGCCAUUCUCAGGGUGACAGCUGUUUACUGAAAGUAACUUCCUAUCACCAUAGCCAAAGAACAUCCUUGGUGGCUUCUGUGGCAGUUCAGCACUGCUGAGGGCCCGUGAAGAAGGUUAAUCCACACACAGCGAUUUCCACGUCCUUCAGCUGAAUUAGUUAUUGGGAUAAGGUGAUGGCCAGAGGCUGCUGGGGAGCGGCCACUGUUGGCUCCUCGUUAGUACUGAAGACUCCCUCUAAUUACUUGUCUAGUUUGCUUUGGGCCUGGAAACAAUGGUUUUUAGAGAGCUGUAUCUUGUCACUUGGGGUUUUAAUCCUGCCUCUUCAGUGAUGCUUAGCCUUGAACAUUCCUCUGUAACACUGGGGACCCGGGUGGCUCAUUUGACCUCUGUCUGCUUCAGAUCAGUGGAAGCAGCAGCAGUCUUGGGUUGGUCUUAGUGAGAGGUCACAGCAGGAGCAAUAGUGUGGCAUUCUAAGACCCAUUUGUGCCUUAACCAGCAGAAUGUGCUGAGAUUAGAAUACCAGAGAUUAUUACCACAGGAGAAGCCAACAUUUGAAAUGUUUCUAUAUCUUCUAAAUUUCAGUUUAGUAUAUCAAUCUUUUGGAUGUAGUUAUGGGGAUUAAAUUGGGUGUAAGACAUCAAAAAAAAAAAAAAAAAAAAGCCUCACAGUGCAGAUUUCAAAAGAAUCCCAAAAUAUCAAAAUGAUUACCAAACUCUUUCCUUCCUGGAGUAGCAGCAGUAGUGCCAGGGGUUGUAGGGCAGAGCCGUGAGAGCUCAGCAGGUGUUCUCGGGGCUGGGGGGGGGCUGUGUCCCACAGGACCCCACUUGUUUGUUUUGUUCCUGAACAGUAUAGCCAUUUGCGCGACAUUUGCAUUGUGUUGGGUGUGACAGUUAAUCUGGAUUUUGAAGUCCACCACAGGAUGUGUGCAGGUUAAAUGUGGCAAAUGGUACUCCAUUUACCUAAGGGAUUGAAACAUCUGUGUGCUAUCUGGGGUCCUAGAACCAACCCCCACAUAGACUGGAGAACUGUGCUUUGAUUCUACCCAUGGGAAAUUAGAGCUGUGGAUUUGAUCAAGAUAAUUAGCUUAAAAUUUUAGAACCCUAUCAGCUGCCAGGGGCACAAGUAAAACUAGCAGGCUCAAAGACUGAAAUAAAUGCUCGUGUCUGGAAAUGCACAGCUGCUGGUAGAGAUACCUGUAUUGUUGGCAAGGAUGGCCAUUCAUCAACUGUUGAGUAGUUUAAAAAGUAGAACAGCCCGUGUGUCAAGCAGAAAGAAUACAUUAACACAUCUGUUCACUAAAUACUGUUUAGACAUUAGUGUGAAAACUGGGCUAAGUGAAAGAAGCCAGAAGCAGGUGUGCAUGCUUCCUGAUUCCAUUCUAAAAAAGGGAGUGAUCAUCCUAGAAGGUGGGGAUUGCCUGUAGAUGAUGGGGGGCUAGGGGGUUGACUGUGGAGGGGCACGUUGGAAAUACCUUUGUCUUAAAUGUGGUUGUGAUAACAGCUGUAUGUAGUUGGCAGACCUCAAAAUUGUACAGUUGAAAGUAAGUAAAUAAAGCUGAUUUUCUUUCCUUUUUUAAUUUUUUCAUUUUUCAGUGUUGGGGAUCUAACUGAGAGUCUCAAACAGUAGGCAUCUGCUGAGCCAUACUCCUUGGCCCAAAGCUGAUUCAGAAACACACACACAUACACACACUCACUCACUCACUCACUCACUCACUCACUCACUACCAUUUCAUGAGAUGUAGAAAUUAAAGCCAUGCUCACAAUGAGGUAACGGGUACAGUGAAGAUUGAAAGGUAGCUGUGGGUAAAGCCAUUGCAGCUUGCACAUGUGACUUGUAUGAGCAUAAGAUGAUCACAAUUGAACUCUUGCAGUAAUUUAUAAAGACAGCAAGCAUAUCUACCUGUGACCCAAAGCAUUGAGAGAAGCCAGACGUGAAGCUCAUAAUACAUAUAGUUAAUUGAAAUUUGGAGGGAAACUCAGCUAUGGGUGCUAAAAGCUGCGGUGGUUGCCUUUAUAACAAUGGUAAAAGAGGAACCAUGCUUGAUAGCAACACUAUACUCUGAGGUGUUGGUUUUAUGGAUGACAUGCUUGCUAAAACUCAUUGAAUUGUGGAAGACCUGUGCAUUUGUAGACAGCAUUUUAUAAUUGAAGUGAAAUUGAUGUGUUAAAUUUUAGCUUUUUAAGUGUACAUUUCAGUGGUAUUCAUAAUAUUGGACAACUUUCACUUCCCCCUGGUUCUAGAACAUUUUUCUAAACUUGAAAACAAACUCUGCCCAUUAAUCAGUUGCUCCUCCUCCCUUCCUCUUCUCCCUACCCAUAGUAACCUCCAAUCUUCCUGUUUUCAUAGGUUCACCCAUUCUGGGUGUUUUACAUAAACAGAAUUGUGAUCUUUUGUGUCUGGCUUAUCUGACUUAGCAUGAGUUCAAUGUUCACUUUGUAAAACAAGUCAAUACUUCAUUCCUUUUAUUACUAGUUUAUUCAUGUUAGGAAAAGGUGGAUUUUGUCAUGACAUUUUCAUUAAAUAUAUUUAUCUCCCAUUGACCUCUGUUCCCCAUCUCCUGGUCUCUUUCCUCUUCACUGAUAGUUGCUGUACGUGUGUGUGCUUUGAAUAAAGUCUGCACUAAGGUGAGAAAA